CCAUUUUGUAAAUGGUCGUCUUGCUCUUUCUUUCGAAACGUGGAAACGUCAACGCUGGUUCGUUUUCUCGAGUUGCACAAUUUGUUUUUAUUUAAUUUUGCAAAAAUAAGUGUAAAAUGCCGCGUGAAAUCAAAGAGGUGAAAGAUUUUCUGAACAAGGCACGUCGUGCAGAUGCUCGUGCUGUCAAAAUUAAGAAGAAUCCCUCUAAUACCAAGUUCAAGAUUCGUUGCUCUCGGUUCUUGUACACAUUAGUGGUGCAGGACAAAGAGAAAGCUGAGAAGAUUAAGCAAUCUUUGCCACCAGGCUUGCAAGUCAAGGAAGUCAAGUGAAUGUGAGCGUUCUGUAGUAAAUGAAUUCGGGAGGCAUGUCUAUGGACUUGUUGGGAAAUUGUAUUUGUUUUUAAUAAAUAGAAUACAAAUUUUAAGUAUGAUUUAAAAUAAAA